AUGAGCGAGUCUCAACUGGCACGCGCCAUUCUGCGCGUUUGCCUCUGUCGGGGGGCCACGAAGCUGGAGGGCGCUCUAGCAAUGAGGCGGAGCUGCCUCCAGGUUCGCAGCUUUGGCGGCGAGAAGUACAAGGAUGUCCUUCUCGGGUCCAUCAACUCCCUCCUCGAGAUCUUCCUUCCCGAUGGUCGGAAGUUUGGACAGCUUUUGCCCAGCGACGGCGGGCAUAUCUUGCACGAGGAGAGUGGCCGAGAGCCGCGCUACUCCCUGGGAAUGGAGAACCCCAGCACCAUCUCGGCCGUCUGGCUGUCGAGGGGUGGGUCUCCGGAGUGUCACGACCCAGACGCAGAUCAGCUGCAAGACGGCCUCAUUAAGAUGGGUGGCCAAGCUCUCCGGCACAGCCGCAAAGGCAGCGUUCUGGGGACGGUG